GUACAGUGUUUCAUAUUCAUAAGUCACUUUCCAUUUGCGCUAGAUAAAGAGAUUGGUAACGAACUAGGAAACAUGGCGGCCACGAAAGGCAAGCAGCCGACCAAAGGAAGGAAAGAAAUAUUGCAAGGAAAUAAAGAAACGUUAGCUUUUUAUAUCAAAAUAAUGGCGGCCGCCACGUUUGCACAUAUUGGUGUUUGUUUUUUACUAUUCUUUUCUACAGCUGGAUGGUUUGCCCUGCUAUCUUUAGUGUUUAGCUCCUCUGUGUACAUAGCAUGUUACAAGACAAUGAGAAGUAUGGCAAAACCAACUUAUUCCAGUACAGGAGCUUUGCUUGAUGGUGGGAUUGACUUGAACAUGACAUCAGGAAUGGCAGAACAUCUCAAGGAUCUCAUAUUACUUACAGCAAUAGUACAAAUCCUAGGGUUAUUGUCCCAUUAUUUUUGGCUGCUAUGGUUGUUGGCACCAGGGCGUGCUUUCUACAUGUUAUGGACAAACAUUUUAGCACCAUGGAUUUUUGCCGAGCCAUUGGAUCAGGAGGUUGUUGACCCAAAGCAGCAAAAAAAACUAGAUCGAAAAAUGAAGAAAGAAAAGAUUAUCUACAGAUAAUGUAACUGCAAUUAAUUAAUGAACAAUGCAUCUAUGAUCAUCAAUGUAUUACAUAAAUGGCUGAGAAAUGAAUGAACUAAUGCUACAUGUUUGCAAAGAUGUCAGGAUAACACAUGAAAACUUGAAUAUUUGAAGUCCUCCUUCUAAACAUAAAGACAAAUCUUGUGAAAUAAGUUUACUUUAGUCGUAUUUACACUUAACAGUGGGCAAACCAACAUUUAUUACAUUGUAAGUCAAUUUAUAGAAGUAAAAUUGUUCAAAAAUAUACACUUGUAGAUAUACCACCAAAGAGAAAAAACAGUUAAACACAACACCAAA